GCUAUGAGUUAGCGCGCGCGGUUCUAGAGGAAAGCUCGGCAACGCGACGGAAAGCUCCGAAGGGGAUUGGUCGAUCGGCUGCUGGUCGAUCGUGGAAGGGGAUACCGGGUCGCGACCGAACAUCGCAGUAUCGCUCCGACCGUCGCGACGGUCAGAACUAUUUUCGAAAGCUCGGUGAAAGCUCCGAAAAGCUUCAAAACACUCUACAUCCUAUUAAACUAACCGAUCAUUAUUAUUUCAUAGAAUUUGAUUACGGCCGUAAUUAUGCAAUUUUCUUUAAAGAAUAUAGAUAGUUCUUUUGUCUCGCGAAAUGCUCGAACUGUUUGAGUGUGUGAGCUAAGAGCCUACGAGAAAAAUUUUCGACUACUGCGAGAGAGUGAAGAGAAACUUCAUUAAGGGUUCUACUUUAAAGAGAAGUAUAAAGGGAAAUUGAUUUCGCGCCUAUCAAAGAGUUUCCGUGAUCUUCGAUUAAAUCGUUCCGACCGAUUUAGAUCGAUCUUUCGAUAAAGUUGAAGAAAACAAAUAGACGAGUGAAAAGGACGACCAACGUCACUUUUGAUUCAGGAUCGAUAAUCGUCUUUAAUAACUAGAGAAAGAGAUAGAGAGAAAGACAGAGAGAGAAAAAAGGAGAUAAAGACAUGAGAAGACAGUCGUUCGUUCCAAGUUUGAGUAGCGGAAGUACCGGGGAGCCGCUAAUCGUCGUUGAGGAAAGUACACUCGGUGAGGAGGAUGCCGAACGUCGAAGAAACGAAUCUCCUCCACGUUGUCUGGAUCCUGAUUCUCCGUCCUUGAAUCCCUAUCUUCUUUCACCAUGGAGGGAGACCAGGAAACAUUCUCUACCAACGCCGCAAUGUACAUCCGGGAUAACCGCAUCCCAGGUACGACGUCUAAGUGAGAGGGGAGGAGAAGGAUCUGGUCCAUCGCCAAGGGAGGCUGCUUUCCUUGCUACGUUAUCACAAGCACCACAACCUCAACCCGGUGGGAGAAGACAUUCCGUAGUGACGAUCUCAAGGGUACCACCAACUCUCUUCGGUCGCAAUCGUCGAGAAUCUAUUGCAGCAUUUCCACUAGCUGGUGCUUCAAGGAUAUUACCAGGUCGUCGGGAUUCAACCGGGCCACCGAGCAACACUGGAAGUUCUCAUAAUCUUCAAUUGGAUAUAAUGGACGACAUAGCCAAGAUCAAACCAAGAAAGGUACGCCUGAAAAUGUUCAAAACGCCAUCACGAGAAUGCGUUUGCGAGAUUCAACCUUUAGAGGGUAACAGUUCGAGUCAGCACUACACGCAAUAUCAAAAGCGACGAUUUUCCGAGUUUCCGAUACCCACAGUAUCACCGACAUCGAAUUUAUCGAUAAGAAGACGAGCUUCUGAAGUACCUAGGCCACCUACAGCAACGACACCAGCAUCUGGCACGUCUGCGGCUGGUAUCGUUUGCUCGAAUACAGAUUUAAUAUCGAUUUUAAGCUCGUUGACAUCUUCGGCGACGGAGAUAAACAGAUGCGACGAGGACGCUCCACCCUCGUUUUCUCGAGAAGACGGCAAGUCCAAUUGGUCGAACAAAACGACCGAACAGAAACGUAACAAAUUGAAAAGCUUUCGCUCAAACAGUUUCGACGUAUCGAUUUUACACGGUACGACAAAUAGCAAACAGGCAAGUCCAGGUACGAAAUCAACAACUUCCUCGAUCAUGGCUCCGUCCAAUUGGUUCACCAAACGGCAUCAACCAAUGUCGAAGAAACAAAAAAGCGAGGAAUUGGCAACUUCGAGUUUUCCUUUUAAAUUCGAUAAGUCGAAGGUCGUCCGUGCGGUGAAGGAUACUUUGAAUAAAUCACCUCCGUCGAAGGACAACGAGACAAGGCACAAGGUCGUUUGGGAUGAUACCAGCGGUACAAAGGUUGACGCACAAGUUCUAGGCAGUGCGAUCGAGAAAAUUCUAACUGCCCAGAGAGGGAACGACACGGAAUCCGCUUCUUCGUCGACUGGAAAACCAUCGGUUUCGCCUAACAAAUCGAGACCCGGAAAAAUGACAGCUUGGUUUUCCUCUGGUGGAAAUAAGGAACAAGAACAGACUGAAUCUUGCGAGCCAUCGAUCUGCUCAUCUCUUAAAGAUCUCUUCGUAAAGUAGUUUGCACGUAACGGUCUAUUCGUUCCUUGUAUCGUAAUUCGCGUUAAUCCUUUUCCUCCUUUAUUCGAAAAUGAUUCCCUUUUCGCUCUCGUUGUACAUUUUAUCGGACAAUAGAACAUAGUGAUGAUAGAGAACGUCUGUUAGAUCGAAAUCGUAUAGUUUCUUAAGAAACGGAGAAUUAUUAUUGCGUUUUUUAAUUAAUUUUAUAUGUAUAUAUAUACAUAUAAAAAGUAUAUAUAUAAAAAUAUAUAUGUAUAUAUAUAUAUAUAUAUAUAUAUAUAUAUAUAUAUUCUUGUUAGAAUGAGAUUAGUCGUAGGAAAAAAAGGGCUUACGUUUUCAAAUUUAGAAAAAUGUAUGUCUAGUCGCAUCGGAUAAUAAUCGACAAUCUGUGGACUCCUUGUAAAUUUGUCUCGUUAGUCUCGAUUGAGUCUAUGAAAUCUUAUAUAUCUAUUAUAUCAAAAUAGAAAUAUUAUUUGAUCGAUCCUCUCCGAUCUUAUAUACCUAUACCAAAGAGAGAUUAAAUAUUUACUAAAGAGUAAAAGUCAACAUCUAAAAAGUGCAUGUGAUCGUUCCACCUACCAAUGUUUACAUGUAAGACUUUAAAUGUGCAGAAAUCACAUAUUAGACGGCUUCCUUUGCAAAACGUUCGAAAAGAAGACUAGAAAAUUGCACCUCGUACCGAUUAAUUCCCAUCGAUAUUUCUAUUCGAAUAAUUUUAUUCUUAUUCGUUUAAAAUAAAAAUAAAUAAAUAAAUAAAAAGGAAGCUGGAAUAUCAUCGUUCUGUCGAUAAAAAAAAAAGAAACAGAAAAAGAGCAAAAGACUUAACAAUCAUACGACUUCGUUUUAAUCUUAUCACGUUGAAAGAUUAUUAAUUUUGAUUACUUAAUUUGUAUUAAAUCAAAAUCAAUAUAGACAAAAACUACAAAAUAUAAUAUAAGCGCAUACACGUAGUUUGCUUUAAUAUUAAUAAAUCGUUUGUCGUUGGAGUGAAUUAUAAUGGAGGUAUUCAGUACUAUUAAGUACUAUUUUGCGUUGAACGAGAACAAAUGGUGCAUUAAUAAUCAUACUAGUCUAAGCAGAGAUACAAGUCUCAAUCGGAGUAUGAACUCAUUAAAGUGUAUAACGAUGAUGACUGCGUUGAAUAAUAUAUAUACAUAUAUAAUAUACGUUCACCUUUGCGGGCCGAAGGUUUAUGAAUUGAUUGUAAUAUAUUAUAUACCUAUUUAUAAAAAAUAAGCAAAAAAAUGUCAUGAUACAUAUACUUUUAAUAUCGCGCAAAUUUGAGUUGCGUCUUAUACAUACCACACACACACACACACACAUAUGUAUGUACGUAUAUAUGUACGUACACAGAGACACAACACACAGAGACAAUUAGAUUACCGAAUUAUCAAGAUUACCAGUGUUUAAUGUCAUACCCUAAGAAAAUAUAUAGUUAUAGAUCACCCCAUAUAAAAAUAAAAAGAUUAAAUAUCCAAUUAAAACCGAUCAAAUAAAAGUUACAAAAUCAUGGAUAUAAUUAUCUAAAAGUAUUUUCAGCUAAUAGAUCGGAUUAUCUUAUUAAAAAAGAAAAAAAAAGUUGAAGACUUAUUAUCACGGACAAAUGUAAAUAUAGAUAGAUGUAACUUAUAUAUUAUGAUACCAAAAACAUGUUACUUUCUCUGUAUCAGUGUUGGGAGUAAUUGCAAUGAGAUUAUUGAAUUAUAAAUCUGGAUAAUAAAAUUCUUGUCUCAUCUAUAUGUAUAUAAAAAAUAUAUAUGUGUAUAUAUAUGUAUAUAUAUAUAUACUUUUUCCUUCGAUAUAUCGCAUUAACAAAAAUAAUUAUCGUAUAAUUCGUGGAUCGUGUAUCGUGGUCAAAGAUCAAAUCAAAUGAUGUACAUCUCAUAGAUUUCUGAGAACAAUUUUAUUUUACAGAAAUCGGAACUAUUCAAACUGUUGCAUCUACAUUUUUCGACGCUGGUGCUCUACAAGAAAUUCCAGAUAACUCACACUUUAUUGCCUGCGUUACAGUUUUCUAACAGUCAAGUAAAUAUCGAUUAUAAUACACCUCAUAUAAAGGAAUGAUUUAUAGGUAUAAAAACGACGUGUAUACUGAAAAAUAUAAACACGUGUCUAUGUACUCAAAUGCAAAAGCACAAUAGAAAAUUUAAUACGACAGAUCGACACUGUAGAUGAAUGCAUCAUUAAAAUACAUUAUACUUCCCAAAUAUUUACUAAAUUUCUAUUCGAAGAUAGUAAGCAUCUAAUUUCUAAUAAUUACCAGAAAUAAACCACAUAGAAUGAAAUUACUGUAAACGCACGAGAUGAACACUUUGCUUUUAAUACAUCAUGCAUAGGUCAACAUUUUACGGAAGAAUGUGGAUUUGACAUAGUUUAAUGUGACGUAUUAUUUAUAAAAAUACAGGUCAAACAUGUUCGUACAAAUAAAUGCAGAAAUAGAACCAGAAA